AUGGCGAACAGCAAAUUCGAAUACGUGCGCGGGUUCGAGCAGCCCGACAAUCUGAUUCCCAACACCUGGAUCGUAGUACGGAUAGACGGACGUGGCUUUUCCAAGUUCACGUCCAAAUAUGAGUUCCUCAAGCCAAACGACAAGAAUGGCCUUGAUGUCAUGAAUGCUGCAGCCGUAGCGGUCAUGAAGGAACUGCCCGACCUUGUCCUUGCAUUUGGCAACAGCGACGAAUACAGUUUCGUCUUUCACAAGGACUGCGCCUUAUUCGAACGACGAGCCAGCAAACUGACUACGACGAUUGUCUCGACUUUCACUGCUUACUAUGUGUAUUCUUGGUCAACAUACUUUCCGGAUAAGCCACUCACAGCACCCCUACCGACAUUCGAUGGGCGUGCGGUUUUAUACCCAAGCGAUAUCAACCUUCGACACUAUAUGAGCUGGCGGCAAGCCGAUUGUCAUAUCAACAAUCUCUACAACACCACUUUCUGGACCCUUGUUCAGCAGGGUGGCAUGGGAGCGCGAGAAGCAGAGCAAAGACUCAAAGGCACAGUGUCAUCCGACAAGAACGAGAUCUUGUUCAAGGAGUUCGGAAUCAACUACAACAACGAACCAGAGUGCUUCAAGAAAGGCACGGUGCUGUACAGAGAUGUAAGAGAUGCUUCAGCACCAUCAGCAUUCACGUCCACGUAUCUAACCGUGGCAGUUUUUCCCUACACCACCGACCGAGGCAUUGUCGUCACCCGUGCUGUCGGACUUCCCAACGCCACCAAUCGCUCAGCCAACGCCAAAGCGAGCGUCCAAUCACCGGGCAUCACAGUCUAUUGA